CUCAAUGGCUUAAGUAUCGCUGAAACUACUUCUACUUCACAAGAUGCACAGUCUCCGCAUUCAGUCAUGAAGUUUCUCAUAUGCCUGUCAUAUUGCGUGGCUCCCGUCCUGACUCAAAUGAUCCUAACGGGUAAAGGACUGGAUACAAGUUCAACGCUACCCGGAAAUGAGCCUGAACUGGCGAUUGAUGGAGACGGGAAUACAUAUUUUAUGUCCAACUAUACCUUGCCCGGGGAAGCCUACUGGCAAAUUGAUUUAGAAGGCUACUAUGACGUCAAUGAAAUACGUAUCCAAUUUCCAAACAUGGUUCGAAAUCCGCCUGAGAACAGAACAAUUUCUCUCUCCAAAUAUUCGACUUUUGAACCUGCCCACACUUUUCUGUGCGGCCAGAAUAUCCCCGGAACUACCUCAACGUGGAUGUGCCAAGGGCUGUUUGCUGUUCAGUACAUACGUGUCACCACCGACCAACCACCACUUGUUCUUCAUGAAAUAGUGAUAUAUGCAGACCAGGCAGUGCAGCCAGUGUUGGAAGGAACGUCCCUUGAGACAAUCACGACUACAACAACAACGACGACAGUGUCUUCAGGAUCUUCCUACAGAGUCAUGCCUGGCUACACCCUCACGACUCCAACUGCUACGCUAACGACGCCCAUGGUAACCAUGUGCAGCAUCUGGUGUCAGCAAAGCCUCGGAUGUACAGCCUUCAGCUUCAACAAGGGACUGCUAGUCAACAACUGUAAGAUCGGUGCAAGUCAGGAAACCACGUUAAGUUCAGGGUGGACUGCCAACAUCAAAGGCGCUGUCAUGGAUAUGCGUAGAGCUGGGUAUUCAUGCUCGUAG